AUGGCCGACAAGAUGUCGACGUACUCUCCGUUGUCGGCCAAAGUCACGGCGGUUGAGGCCAUGGAUCCAAAGGAGGCGAAAUGGAUCACCUUGAAGAAGAUAUCCUACCAAGACCCGACGGGCAAAGAAAGGACGUGGGAGUCGUCCGAGCGACAGACACGACCAAAAGGGACAGACGUGGACGGAGUAGGCGUGAUAGCGGUCCUCAACGACCCUAAAUCCUCCAACGGGCCGGCCUUGCUCCUGCAGAAACAGUUUCGACCCCCGAUUAAUAAAGUCACGAUCGAAGUGCCCUCGGGCCUGAUAGACGAAGGCGAGGACCCCGCAACAGCCGCAUUACGGGAGCUGAAGGAAGAGACGGGCUACAUCGCUACGUUACCCAAGGAUGCAAAUGCGGCAGAGGGCUUCCUGAUGUGGAACGAUCCCGGCUUCUGCAACACGAAUACAAAGAUAAUCUUUGUCGAAGUGGACAUGUCGGAUCCGCGGAAUCAAGAGGGCAAUCUGAAACCCGAGUUGGAGGAGAGCGAAUAUAUCGAAUGUUUCACCAUCCCGCUGGACAAUCUGUGGAAUGAGCUCGCGGAGCUCGAUCGGCAGGGGUAUGCGAUUGAUGCUCGAGUCGGCACGCUGGCUCAAGGGAUGGAGAUGGCAAAGAAGUGGAAAGAGGCGCUGAACAAAGAUCCCUCAUGA